AUGGUACCGUCCCAGGAGGAUCCCGCGGCCGCCGCCGCCGCCGCCCGGGAGACGAGCGAGGCGCAGCCGCCGGGGCCCGCGCCCUCGGAUGACGCUCCGCUGCCCGGCUCGGGACCCUCGGAUGGCUCCGACGUGGCCGCAGAGAAGGUGGAGGUGGAGCUGUCGAGGUCAACGGGCGACGAGCCCCCCGUCCCCCCCGAGGGCGGCUGGGGCUGGCUGGUGAUGCUGGCGGCCAUGUGGUGCAACGGAUCUGUGUUUGGCAUCCAAAAUGCCUACGGGGUGCUCUUCGUGUCCAUGCAGGACACCUUCGGGGCCAAGGACAGUGACAACAUGGCCUUCAAGACAGCGUGGGUAGGCUCGCUGUCCAUGGGCAUGAUCUUCUUCUGCUGCCCCAUCGUCAGCGUCUUCACAGACAUGUUCGGCUGCCGGAAAACAGCUGUGGUGGGCGCUGCCGUGGGCUUCAUCGGACUCAUGUCCAGUUCUUUCGUAAGCUCCAUCGAGCCUCUGUACCUUACCUAUGGAAUCAUAUUUGCCUGCGGCUGCUCCUUUGCAUACCAGCCUUCACUGGUUAUCUUGGGACACUACUUCAAGAAGCGCCUGGGACUAGUUAACGGCAUCGUCACGGCCGGCAGCAGCGUCUUCACAAUUUUGCUCCCUCUGCUUUUAGGGAAUCUGACCAAGAGCGUGGGCCUCUUGCACACCCUGAGAGUCCUCUGCGUCUUCAUGUUCGUUCUCUUUCUGGCUGGCUUCACUUACCGACCUCUUGUUUCCAGUGCCAAAGAGAAAGAGAGCGGGAGCAGCAGAUUCUCCCUCUUUUCCAGGAGAAAGUUUAGUCCUCCAAAAAAAUUUUUCAAUUUUGCCAUCUUCAAGGUGACAGCUUAUGCAGUGUGGGCUGCUGGAAUACCCCUUGCACUUUUUGGAUACUUUGUGCCUUAUGUCCACUUGGUGAGUAUGCAUCUUUGGCUCUGUUCGUAAUAAGUAUCAUCAGGUCACAGGGCGAUCCAGAAGAGCAAGACAGGUCAGGCUGAAGUCGGCCUCAGACAUGGCCUGGUUGUGACCCCAGACUCCGUGAAUCAAAGAGUCUUUCAAACAAUAACAGUUCCCCCAUCAGACUACUAAACAGUGAGUCUGAUGGUAUGUGUCAGCGUUUUAAUCCCAAACAAAAGCAAUUUUUAAAAGGGCGACUAAAAUUUUGGAAUGAAUUAUACCAAGGUAAGAUAUUUGAUAUGGGUAAGAAGGCUCAGUGGAGAAAGGCCCUUGCCCCCAAGUCUGACAACCUGAGUUUGAUGUCUGGAGCCACAUGAUGGAAGGAGAGACUCGUCUGACCUCCAGUGCAGCAACUGUGAACCCAUUCACCAAAAUAAAUGUAAUAAAAAGGAUCUGACAGGCCACUUCUCAAAGCAGCCUGCUGAUCUUCUUCAGGGAUAAAGCUAGUGUAGUGACCUGGUUACUAUUAAUGAUUUUCAACAGAUGGAUGCAGAAAUUAAGUGGUUAACAAAAUUGCCAGUGACUGACACAAAGAGACAGUCUAUCUAUUUGUGGGAUACUUCUGGAAAAACAGGAGUUCUCUUCAGAAAAGAAUUUGAGAAAUGAUAGGAAGUUUUAAAUUAGGGAAGAACCUUAAAGUUCUAGGGAAAUUAGGAUUUCAAGUGCUCAAGCAGUUUAUAUUGUUAAAAUUCAGCCUAUUUAUAUGGGAAACGAGAGUAAGGAUGUCAAGGGAUUGGCCCUUCGCAAAAUGUUCUCAAAGGUGAUCUCUGUCUCCUCCUCCUCUCCCUCCUCCUCUCCCUCCUCCUCUCCCUCCUCCUCCUCCUCCUCCUCCUUUUCUCCUUCCUUCCUGUGUGUGUGGUGGAAAAUAAAUGCAGUCCAGUGAUAACAAAAUGA